AAAGUAAAAGUCAUUAUAAAAUCACUUUUAUAUAAUAAACCCCAUUUUUUUUUUACCAUUUCUGUAUCUGUCUCCUUCAUUGUCAUCACUUUCAUCAACCCACCACCCUCUUCUCUUUCUCUCUCCUCUUGAGCCCACCUCGCAGCCUUCUCUCUCCUCCCCUUCUUUUUUUUGCUGCAACUCUAAUAUUGAAAAACCAAACACACCCUUAAAUCUCUCUUCUUUUUUCUUCUUCUUAUGUAUUUUUGUUCAUUUCUACCUAUCAUUAUCUAUUCCAAAUCUAGCGAUUAGAUUCGUUGUACACAAAAAAUCUAACUUUGUCCUUAAGUUUAUUCCUUCUCUCUAAAAACUUAAACCAAAAACCAAACAACCCUUUAUUUUUCCUAUGAUAAACUUCGUUGACCUAAGUCAACUUUGUGCUCCUCUCCCUCUUUUUUCAAGUCAAAUCUCUUAGAUCCAUCACUGUUUGUUUGGUUUUAUCUUUUUAAGUUUUACCCUCUUUUUUUCCUCAUUAUAGAAACCUCUAUUACUUCCUUAAUUCUUCUAUUACUUAAUUUUUACCCAAAAAAGAAACUUAAAACUUUGCAACUAUACUUUCCUCUUUUAGAUUGUCUUCUUAUUUUUAUAUAGUAUGGAUUCUUAUAUAGAAACCCAGUUCCUGAAUCAUAAUCAUCAUCAAAGUAAUAAUAAUAAUAGUAAUAAUACUUCAGGGUUAUUGAGAUUUCGUUCUGCUCCAAGUUCUUUGUUCAAUGAAUUUACUCAGAAUCAUGAUAAUAAUAAUUCUGAGAAAAUAAUGAAUGAUGAUUGUUUUGAUUCAUAUGAGAGAAAACCUCAGAGGUUAAAUUCUCAAAGUGGGUAUGUUUCAAAUUCAGCUCAAAUGGUGGGUGGUGUUGUUGAACAGAGUAGUAGUAAGCUGCCUCCUCAAUAUCCAAAGAUUUCGUCUUCUUCGUCAUCAGCAAUCGAAAGGACUAAUUCAAUGGAUUUCAAUCUGUCGUCGACGAGACAAGGAAGUUGUGGUUUGAAUCUUAAUCGUCAGAAUAGCUCUCCUGCUGGAUUCUUCAAUCAUCUUAAUAAUACCCAAAAUGGGUACACCAUUAUGAUGGGUCUUGGGAACUUCAGAGUAGGAAACACUGCUAAUGGGGAAUCUAGUCCUCGCCCGAGUAAGCUGAAUCUGAGCCAUUUGCCUCGGAUUCCGGAGCUUGGGAAUGAAAAUGUCAAGGAAACAAGUCCAGAUGAUGGAGUGAAGUUCAGAGACCAUGAUACUGAUGCUGAGUUUGACAGUAGUCCCACGGGAUACUCCUUUGUUUCUUGGAAUGAUUCUGGUUCAGAUGCAUCUCAUCUUUCUGAGAAUGGUGGUCUUGCGAACCGCCCUGGUUUAUUAUCACACCAUUUGAGCUUGCCAAAGACUUCAGCUGAGAUGGCAGCUGUGGAGAAGUUGAUGCAUUUUCAAGAUGUGGUUCCGUGUAAGGUUAGAGCGAAAAGGGGUUGUGCAACACACCCUAGAAGUAUUGCUGAGCGGAUGAGAAGAAACAGGAUCAGUGAACGUAUGAGAAAAUUGCAAGAACUCGUUCCGAAUAUGGACAAGCAAACCAACACGGCAGAUAUGCUGGAUUUUGCUGUUGAUUAUAUAAAAAAUCUUCAAAACCAGCACAAGAUACUGAGCGAUAAUCGAGCAAGAUGCAAGUGUUUAAACUAAAUCAGCAAUCCAGUUAUCAAGCGAUAUUACGCACUUAGAUGAAAAAUUACAAGGCGGCCGCAGUAGCAGCAGCAGCAGCAUAGUAGGAAUAGCAUAUAUAGUAUAUCUAUUAUGUAAGGCAUGUCGACUAUACUUCAGCCUUCAGGCUCUUUCUGCUCUCGUCCGAAGGAUGUGGAGGAUCUUUGAUACCUUGUUAGCAAAGUAGAUUUUCGUUGAACUAUAGCUGCCAACUUGCAAAUGCCAUGAAGGAGAAAAUAGAAAGGGAUCAAAAGUACGCAACCAAUCUGUAUAGAAAUCAGCAAUUUCCCCAGUUGGGAUUUGCUAUCUCAAUAAUAGGACUAAUCUUUUUAUUUUCCAUGUUGAUGUUUUUGAGGUACUAUUUUGCAACUUACUAGAUGAUGGUAGACAUUUAAGAAAGCAAAAACAGCAUUAAUAAUUGCAGUAUUUUUGCUGCUUGUCGGGUUGGUGGACGGACAUGGCAUCAUACUAUCAGAUUCUCCUGUAUAUAGGUUCUUGAACAAUAUUAAUAAGUUGAUCUACUUUUCUUAUGUUGA